AUGAAGAACCAUCACGAGUUUUGUCAUUAUCACCAGUACCGAGGUCACUCAACCAACGAAUGUCGAGAGGUCAAAGACAUAGUUCAACAUCUAAUCCGAGACGGAUACCUAUGGCAGUUUGUCAAGCAGGCAGCACUGGCACCUGACGCACCCGUAUACCAAGUUAGGAUUGAUCGGGGAACCCAGUUUGUAUGUAAAACGAUCUCGCACUCUGCUUCCCAAGGGCUAGAUCUGGGGACUGGAAUUACGUCAAGAAUUCACAAGAGAUACCGAGCGGGGAAAAAAAUCUUCAGUGUAGCCAAAACCCUGCCUAUGGAGGCAUGGAUGAUGCAACCAAUCUCAUUCUCGGCCAAAGAUGUCCCGAUAAACGGCCAAGCACAUGGAGACCCAUUGGUCAUCACUUUACUCAUUGAAGAGUGGGGAGUGAAGCGGAUACUAGUGGAUAGAGGGAGUUCGGUCGAAGUCCUUUUCUACGAUAUGUUUAAAAGGAUGGACAUGUCUGAUGAUAUUCUAAUUCCUUCUACCUACCGAAUCUACGGCUUCAAUGGGACAGUAACUAUACCAAAAGGAGAAGUCACGCUUAAGGUCUCUGACGGGGAAGGAUAUCUGGAUAUCCUCACCACCUUCUGUGUUGUAGAUGUCGUAUCACCAUACGAGGCAAUCAUCGGGAGACCAUGGAUCACAUGUAUUAAAGGAGUAGCGUCAGCCUAUCACCAAAGGUUGAGGUUGUCGUCGAAGUAG